GUGUGUAUUUAUAUAUAUUUAGAAAACUGUGAAGCAGCGCCCAGAAAGAGAAGAAAGGAAAGCAGCAAAGCCACCGCGCGGAGCCGCCCAGAAGAGACGAGUCAGCGAUUUGACUUCCAACCAUAUUCCGAAUUAUUCCCAAUCUUUCAUAUGCCCUAAACCCAGAAAAAGUCAUCGUCUUCAACCCUUAAACCAUUUCAAACCCAAUUACUUUUCCCACAAGGAUCCCAUUUUUUGGGAGUUGGGACAAUUCAAGAAUGCAUUUUUAUUAGUCUCUCAUAUUCUUCUUCUUUUCCCUAAUCAAUCUUCCAUUUCGACGACGAUGGCUGCUGCGUCCCAACCCAUUGGCCAUACCGAGAUUAACUGGGACAAGCUAGAUAAGACUAAAUUUUAUGUGGUUGGAGCUGGAUUGUUUACAGGGGUCACAGUGGCACUGUACCCAGUUUCUGUUGUGAAAACCAGGCUGCAAGUUGCUACAAGAGAAUCUGUAGAGAGGAAUGCAUUGUCUGUGAUCAAAGGCAUUUGGAAAGCGGACGGUGUUCCUGGUUUGUAUAGAGGGUUUGGUACGGUUAUAACUGGGGCUGUUCCGACUAGGGUUUUAUUCAUGACUGCGCUCGAGACAACAAAGGUGGCUGCUUUCAAAUUGGUUGAGCCAUUCAAGUUUUCUGAGCCGAUGCAGGCCGCUUUGGCUAAUGGACUGGCUGGAAUGACCGCCUCGCUUUUUUCUCAGACCAUCUUUGUUCCUAUUGAUGUGGUUAGUCAACGGUUGAUGGUGCAAGGCUAUUCAGGGCAUGCAAGGUACACUGGGGGGAUGGACGUUGCUCGUCAGAUAUUGAAGACCGAUGGCAUCAGGGGGUUUUAUAGAGGAUUUGGACUUUCCAUUAUGACCUACUCUCCAUCCAGUGCUGUAUGGUGGGCUAGUUACGGUUCAAGCCAGCGCCUAAUCUGGAGUUUCUUAGCCCAUGGCUCAGACGAAGCUCCCCCUAGCGUGGGGAAAAUAAUGUCUGUUCAAGCUACUGGUGGUAUCAUUGCGGGUGCAACAGCUUCCUGCAUAACAACCCCUUUAGACACAAUCAAGACACGCUUACAGGUCGGACAUGAAAAGAGACCCACUACAAGUGAAGUUGUUAAAAACUUGAUUAGAGAUGAUGGUUGGAAAGGUUUUUACAAAGGACUAGGUCCAAGAUUUUUCAGUAUGUCUGCAUGGGGCACUUCGAUGAUACUGGCUUAUGAAUAUCUGAAGCGAGUAUGUGCAAAAGAUGAAUAGAUGCCAAUCUACUAUCAGUCUACAACCUUUUUCUUGUGUUAGAUACUUGGUUCCAGGGCUAGCUAGUAAUUAGCGAUCAGAAGGCUGUUACUUUGAUUUUGAAGCCAGACCUGAGAUAUCAUAAAAUUCAUCAUGGUAUUGACUUUCAGAGAGACCUUGUAAUUCUUUGAAGAAUUUUACCUAGAUCCUUAUAUCAUCUGUAGGAUCAAAUGAACUGAUUUGAGAUACAGUAACCCACAUUUUUUCUUCUGUAUCAAGUGUAGCUGAGCAAGAGAUUUUGACUACUGAUACAGUUAUUUCAUAUAAUUUCUCUUUCCUUUAGUGUUAUCUAGAUAUUGAAUGUGUUCACCAUAAAGAUUAUAAUAGAAAAUGUUUGACAUUUACAGCUCAAA